UGUCGACCUAGCAUUGGACGCUUCAGGUCGACCUCACAGUACAGAUGUAAUCCCCAACACGGAAUUAUUCCCCGCGUCUAAGAGCCGCCUAACUUGCUAUAAGAAAGGAAUUUUAUUCGGCCAUUUCUGUACGCAGACCACAUUAUCGGAGAAGACGCUGUUCAUUGCUUCUGCUCUCUCUAUAUUCUCUCAUCUUUCGAUAUCUCAAGUUACAGCUUUCCUUCCCCGAGUCGAAUCUAACGCGAUGGUGAGUUGAUUCUUUUUCUCGUCUUCAUGUUUCCCUUCUAUUAUUUCAGCUCUGAUAGCCUAGGGUUUCCAUUUUUUUUUUUUUUUUGUCUUCGAUUUCUGCUGGAUUAUGAAUCUCCAUGUGAGGGAGUGCUCCCGUUCGAUCUGUGCUCGAUCUCGCCGUCCUGAACCUGAAUUUCGCUCAGAGUUCGUCAUUUAUGCCGCUGCGGGCUAUUUCUCCCGUGAUCUAAUCUUACCUAGCAAAUGCAGCAUCCGGGAUGGCAGUCCACGAUGACUGCAAGUUGAAAUUCUUGGAGCUGAAGGCAAAAAGAACCUACCGCUCCAUAAUUUUCAAGAUCGAGGAGAAGCAAAAGCAAGUUGUUGUGGAGAAGCUUGGCGAUCCAAGUCAAAGCUAUGAGGAUUUUGCUGCUAGCAUCCCUGCUGAUGAGUGCCGCUAUGCUGUUUAUGAUUUUGACUUUGUCACAGUGGAGAACUGCCAGAAGAGCAGGAUAUUUUUCAUUGCAUGGGUCUCCUGACACAGCGAGGGUGAGAAGCAAGAUGAUUUACGCGAGCUCAAAAGACAGGUUCAAGAGAGAGCUCGAUGGAAUUCAGGUAGAGUUGCAAGCAACUGAUCCUACAGAGAUGGGGCUCGACGUGUUCCAGAGCCGUGCGAACUGAAUGGGGACAGACAUAUAAGGGGCCAUCUGUCAAUGGCUUGUGGCCUUUCAGGAUUUGCAUUUACUUGUGGUGUUAUGUUUAUAGUUUGGUGUUGAAUGGAGAGAAUUGUGAUACUGGUUUUCUGAGUUCAACCUGCUGUUCUGAACAUCCUUUUGUUCGUUUGAAGCAUGGAUACCUGGCUUGUGAUCCAUAGAACCUUGUGUGUCUGACUGCGUUUCUCGUAGUUGUAUGUCUACGAGCUAAUUUGUAACUGUGUGUUUGUGGAGGGGUUUUAGGCAAGGCCUUGAGUUGAGUUGAAGGUGGAGAAGUGCUUGACCAUUGUCAUUCUACUUUAGGAUUGCUAAGAAAGGUGCCUCAUAUCCUGCAGUUACGAAGUUUGUUCUUGCUAUGUACUUCUAUU